CCGCCCCUCCCGGACCGACACCGGCACCGUUUAAAAGUCCCACCGACACCAGAUGGAAGGAGAACCGGAGCCCAGAGGGACACGAAGAGCCGAACCCGAUCCCGGACCCGAACCUGGACCUGGACCCGGACAGACCGACAGACAGCCCCCCUGACCGACAUGAGCACCAGCACAGGUCCAGUCCUGGUCCUGCUGUACUACUUCCUGUUGGUGGUUCUGGUCCAGUCCGCUCCGGUCUCGUCCCCAUUAAAGGAGGAGGCGGACCGGGCCCAGACCCUGGUCCAGAAGAUCCUGAAGGACCUCCCGACAGUCCACGCCGCCGCCGUGGACACAGAGGGUUUGACCUUCGACCCCCAGAGCCAGACGGCCAAUCUGCAGCUGAUGGAGGCGGAGCUAGGCAUCCCCCAGGCACCGGUCCUGAAACCACUGUCUGAACGAUUCACACUGGACGUGAGUCUUAGCCGCAUGUGGGCGGGCUCUCAGCUGUACCAGGGGCUUCUGGGAGAUCUGUCGGGCCGGGUGAGCGGACUGAGCGACCUCCGAGCCGACCUCCGAGACCUGCAGGCCCAGAUCCACAAGAUGUCCGUGUCAGCGCGCACCGGCGCCGCCACCCCCCCUCCUCCUCCCGCUCCGGACCUGGCCUCUCGUCUCCAUGGCAACUACGAGGCGCAGGUGGCCGCCCACCUAACCCUGACGCAGCUGCGCUCGCACUGUCACGACCUGAUGCGCAGUCUGAGGGGCGUGGCCGCCUACAGGCCGCCAGCCACGCAGUGAGCCCCGCCUACCAGGGGACGCAGUAAGCCCCGCCCACCAGGUAUGCAGCAGGCCCCGCCCAUUCGUGACGACGGUGAAUUUUCUUUGGAGGUGUUCUGCUGAGAUUCACCAGACGCUGAGGGCGGGGUUAAAGAUGGGGGCGGAGCACAGGCUCAGAUCUGCGGGAUUGUGCCAGAGUGAAGGUCUGGGUUUAAUGUUGAGGGUCUGGAUACCCCCCCCCCCCCCCCCAGGACACAGGAGGAGGGGUUCAUCAGGGGGAGGGGCACCACGGUCUGGUCCAGGAGGUCCAUCUGGUCUGGAGGAUCAAGAACACUAACCCCCCAUGACCCCCAUGUGACCCCCUGUUACCCCCAUGUGAUCCUGUGUGACCCCCCCAUGACCCCCAUGUGAUCCACCUGUGACCCCCUGUGACACCCCCCACACACACACACACUGGAACAUGGACUGGAUGUUGACCCCGCUGGGACGUUUAGACUCUGGUGCUGGACUGGAUCAGGACUUGAGCCGAGGACCAGGUUUUUCCAGUUGGUUCAGGUGUGGCUCCGCCCACAUCAGUGUGUGUGUGUGUCGGACCAGAACAAUCCCAGCAUGCUUUGGGUGGAAUGUGGCAAGUCUGAACCUGCCACUGGCGCUGGGUCUGGAUCAGAUGGACCUGGUUUAAUGUGGGUCUGGAUCAGAUGGACCUGGUUUAAUGUGGGUCUGGAAAGAUGGACCUGGUUUAAUGUGGGUCUGGAACAGAUGGACCUGGUUUAAUGUGGGUCUGGAACAGAUGGACCUGGUUUAAUGUGGGUCUGGAUCAGAUGGAUCUGGUUUAAUGUGGGCCUGGUUUAAUGUGGGUCUGGAUCAGAUGGACCUGGUUUAAUGUGGGUCUGGAUCAGAUGGACCUGGUUUAAUGUGGGUCUGGAUCAGAUGGACCUGCUUUAUUUAUCAGAGACUGAGUGGUUCCUGUUAUUUAUUGUUUAUUUAUAACAGAUUGGAUUCUUUUGUUGA